CCUGACUGGCAUACACGGCGGUGCUCAGCACGUGUCAAAACAGGUGGGGCCUCCAGCCUCACAGCGAGGGUGUGUCGCUCGGGGAUCGGACUUUGGCACCUCCUCCAGGCUGGCAGGAGGCCGUGCUCUUCGGAUCCCCUAUCUCGGGCCUCUUGCCCAGCCGCGCGGCCUGCAAGAACCCACGCCCAGGGAGUGUCACUCCAGUCGGCGGGGCCUGGACGUCUCUGGAGAACAGUCCUGUCCGCUCCGGGCCAGGAAUCGAGGGGACAUCGGAGUCUCUUCACACGGCUCGAGGUGUCCUCAUGACUUCUCUGGCGGACCAUGCCCAUGAUUGUUUUUGCCAGCAUAGUACGGGUGAGGGAUGGGCUGCCCCUCUCAGCCUCCACUGACUUCUACUACGCCCAGGAGUUUCUGGAAUGCAGGAGGCAGCUCAAGGCCUUAGCCCAGAGGCUGGCUCAGUAUCCUGGCCGAGGUUCUGCAGAAAGCCGUGACUUCCAUAUCUAUUUCUCAUCAUCAGGGGACGUGGCCUGCAUGGCCAUCUGCUCACGCCAGUGCCCGGCAGCCAUGGCCUUCUGCUUCCUGGAGACUCUGUGGUGGGACUUCAUAGCUUCCUAUGACGCCACAUGCAUUGGCCUGGCCUCCCGGCCCUACGCUUUUCUUGAGUUCGACAGUGUCAUUCAGAAAACAAAGUGGCAUUUUAACCACAUGAGCUCCUCCCAGAUGAAGAGCAGCUUCGAAAAGAUUCAGGAGGAGCUUGAGCUCCAGCCUCCAGCACUUCUGUCUCUGGAGGGCCCAGACGUGGCCAAUGGCGUGCUGAACGGCCACACCCCAGUGCACGCUGAGUCUGCCCUGAAUCUCCGGAUGGAGCCGGUGACGGCGCUGGGCGUUCUCUCCCUCGUGCUCAACAUCAUGUGCGCUGCCCUGAACCUCAUCCGCGGAGUUCACCUCGCAGAACACUCCUUACAGAUCGCCCAGGAGGAAGUUGGAAACAUCCUGGCCUUCUUCGUCCCUUCUGUGGCCUGCAUCGUCCAGUGUUACCUGUACCUGUUCUAUAGUUCAGCCAGGACUCUGAAGGUGGUGCUGAUGCUGGCCUUCAUCUGUCUGGGCAAUGUGUACCUGCACGGGCUGAGGAACACCUGGCAAAUCCUCUUCCACAUAGGAGUGGCUCUUCUGUCUUCGUAUCAGACCCUAACCAGACAGCUGCAGGAGAGGCAGUCUGACUAUGGAGUGUGAGGACAGCAUCUUGCAGUGAAUGGGGCCUUUGACUUCCCCUCCCCGUCCCCAGAAGGCCAGUCUGUUUCUGCUCCUGCUUCUCAACUUCACCUCAGAUCUCCAUCCAUGAAGCUCCCGAGAUCACAGGUUCUGGCAGGUGUCAUGGAGGACCCAGGGCGGCCGGUUGCAUCUCGGUUUGUGUGGAGCGUUUGUGGAUAACGGCCAGCCGGGCACAGGACAGGCAGCCGAAGCCAGAGCUUGCCGGGAGAGCAUCUCUGAUGGUCAGAGUGACCAUGUGUUGGUCUCCUACCUAAAACCAUGCUGCACACCGCUAGAUUCCAUGAUGGUAGCUUUGGUCGUUGGCCUUCCAGGAAAUGGUCUGCAAGGAGACUCUUUAAAGUUGAAACCAGUUUGCAGUUCCAGUGUAACCUCGGUCAGUUUUCCCUAGAGUGUCAGGGUAAAUUAAAAGCUUGAAAAUACGGCUCAUAAAUGUAAGCUAGAUGAAUUUUGUUUACAUUUUUGAUAACUUGGGUUCGAUAUACUUUUGGAAUAUUUAAAUAUAUUUUGGAUAUAAAUUAAAGCUCAUUUAGAAUGAAGGCAAACUUAGGCUAAAGAAAUGCUAAGUAAAUCCGAGUUUAUUUAAUUUACAGAGACCGUUUAUGGUGGUGGGACUCUGUGGAUACGGAUGUUGUCUGUAUCACUUUGCAGGGUCUAUCUGAAGAUUAUUAAAUUAAUAACCAAUAUUACUGGGUCAUAAGCACAUGGACAUGAGCAGAUGUGAGAGCCCCAGGGUCCUUUCCAUGGGGCAGAGAGGAAUGGAAAUGCUGGGGUUCAGCGGUGCUUGGCAGAAUUGGGGAGAGGCUUCGGUCAUCUUUGGGUGGCAGCCCAGUGCCUGUCAAGGUAGCAUUGCUGGAGGCGUGGUCCUGCGUGCCUCCUGGAGAGGCCAUGCCUGAGCAUCUCGGUUAGACAGAGGGCCCUGUUGUUUUAUGGGCAGGCAUUGAGUGGGUGUUAGCGUUGCAAAGCUUUCGUGUGACUGACACCCGUGGUGCAAAGCUGCUAAGGUGUGCUUCUGAAUAAGAGCCCCCUGCAUCUCCAGUGUGGGUAUCUGGUGGCACUCAAGAAGCCAUGUUGGGGUUCACCCCUCUGGCUCAUUCUUGGCGUAGUGCCCCCACAACUGUGUGGAUUGAGCCAUUUGGCUCCGUAAGUGAUCAGUCCUAUUUUGAUCGUUUGUGAAGGAGAAAGCCAUCCCCAAAGUUACUGAGUAGCGAGGAAGACAGAUGUGUGGGGUAAAGAGUUCUCUUGCUUGACUGCCGCUGGUACUGCAUGUUGGCGAGCCACCAGGUGUCUAUGACCCAGAACUGGGUUGGGAAAGCAUCGCCGUCUGACUUUGUUUCCUUAGAGGAGAAUUUUCUAUUUUUAAUCAAAUCUACAAUGUCUGGGUAUGAAUGUCAUAUUGGCAACAUCCUUGGAUGUGAACGUGAACCUUGUGUCUUUGUUGAUCUCACACUGUGUAAUCUGUAUAUACUGCAUAGGCAAAUGCUCAUUCUUCCUGAGAGAAUUUUGAAGUGGCCAUAGAGGAAGCCAGAGGGAAGAGAAAAUUCUUUUAAUUCAGAACAUACACUCAAAACAUUUUUUAAGUAAGUUAAAAAAAAAUCAGCCUAAAAAUACAGUUUUCCUUGUAAGCCUCUGUGGUAUUGUGUUGCCCCUGUCUGGAGACCACCCACACUCUAGGGGUUGAGCCUGUGGUCGUCAGUCUACGAGCAGUGACUUGUGGGUGAGCCCUUGCCAGAGACACUUCAUAACCAUUAGAUGCUAGCGAGGGUGUUGUCCACACUUGGUUGACAGGGUUCCACACUGUCAUAAAUGGAAGGGAAACAGAAAACGGAGAAACCUUUAUCUGGAAUACAGCCAAGCAGGCUCACCUCCCUGGAAGAGGGUGGUGACGGGAAAUAAGUUUCCAGGAAACCCUGGGUUUUGGGGUAACUUGGUUCAGACCUGGGAUGUUGGUAUCCCCCGUGGGAUCUUUGAUGCCCGGAACCUGGUUCCAAGGCAGGAGCGCUCCUCUGGCGUUUUUAGAUGAGCAGCUAGGUACUGCUGCCCAGCUGGCUCACAUAACACGGUGUUGAGAUGGCCUCCAGGUGCUUUUCUGUCCAGAUGCUCACAGACUGUGGACGGACUUCUGCAGGUGCUGUUGUCUGCUGGUACUGGGGGGGAGUGGCCCAGCACUUGGGCAGAAAGCAUAUGAUUCUGGUGACUUGCCCCUCAGUGAGCCUUAUCUUGGCGGGAACUGUACCUGACUUCCCUUUUUCUGGGUGGGAAGAGCUGGAUCAUCUCAGUCCCGGACACCUCACUGACCCCAUGGCUGUGGUUCUUGCUGACCAUCAACCCUGUUGACAUGCAUUGUGGGCUUUUUCUUCGAGCCCCUUUCUUCCCUAGCCACCAUGUUUCCCCUCUCUCCUGCCUGUUUCCACUCUGCCUCCUACAUCCCUGUCUCCAGAGAGAGAUGUAGGCUAGAGUCUAGAGAGACAGGCACCAUGAUGGAGAGGGAACCGACUUGGAAGCCUGACCCUCUGCCCCACCUCGGCUCAGCCCUCAGGAGAAGGAGCACUUUGAUGGGCAUCUCCUGUCAUCUCUGCUGGGGGCUAGCGCAGUAGCCGGCAGACCCAGGGAGGUGACUGGAGCCUAGGAAACGGCAUCAGGGCGGAAUUUGCGUUCACACCUGGGUUGCUCCUCGAAGGAAAUGUCUGCCCACUGUGACACCAACACAGCCACCUUCCAGUCUCUUCUCUAGGCUUGACAAUGAAUGACAUGGGAAAGAGGCGGGGCAUGUCCAGGCAUGUACACACGAGAGAGAGGCGGGGCAUGUCCAGGUGUGUACACGUGAGAGAGGCGGGGCAUGUCCAGGUGUGUACACGUGAGAGAGGCGGGGCAUGUCCAGGUGUAUACACGUGAGAGAGGCGGGGCAUGUCCAGGUGUGUACACGUGAGAGAGGCGGGGCAUGUCCAGGUGUGUACACGUGAGAGAGGUGGGGCAUGGUCAGGAGUGCACACUGCUGUCAGCCGUGUCCAGCAAACCCUUGCUGAGCUACUGCUCGUGCCUGGAUGUCCUCAGGCUGUCUCUACCUGUGUGCUGUGAGAGCCAAGAAUGGUGGUGGAAGAGAAACCGGGUGUGCCCUCGAGAGACGAGGUAGGGUCAGCCAACCCAGCGGCCUGGAGGUCAGCUUUGUCCUUUCUCAGUCCUGUGUCACAGUGGAAGUCCCUGCCUGCAGUCCUCAGCAUCUUCCCCGCAAGAGGACAGGAACACCAGCUCGCAGUCCCUGUAUGCUCCUGUGAGGAUUGCAGGUGGCCACAGGGGAGAGGGCCGCAAGGUCGCUGGGAGUGUGCAGCAGGCCACAGACCUCACCUACCGUCUGACUGGCUCCUCUCCUCCCCUGGACCUGCCUCUUGGUCCUGGGCAUGGACAGCCAUUAUCGCUAGACCUGCUCUAGGGUCCUAGGAAUCUAGUCGUAGAUUGGGUCAGACUUCAGUGUCCAUCCCCAGUCUCAACAAGGAGACCCCCCCCCCCCGCUUUCUACCCCCACUCUCGUGUUGCUGGGGAGACAUCAGGACAGCCGUGGAGGGGGCUGGUGAUGGGGGCGAGGGAAAUGCUCACCCAUGGGAUGUGACGGGCAGGGCUGUGGCCCACAAUUGCCUUAAAUUAACCCUAUUCUUCUUUCCUUUCUCUUUGACCCAUGUCUGCUGCGUUAUGUGUGACCUUUAACCCUUAUAUUGAUAUGAUUCUUAGAUUGCUUCAGAAAUGUUACCUAAUGAAAACUUUGUACGACUCAGCCCCUAGGAUUUGAUUUGGCUUAGUGGGUUUUUCUAAGAACAUAAAAGAAUUUGCUAAUUUAGGCCAAACCAUUUAUUCCGCACACUCACCCCCAGGGUCUGCUGCCCAUAAUGUAAGCUACUCCUCAGUUGAUAACAAAGAUCUAUUUUGGGUACCCGAUGGGCACAUUUUAACUUUCACAUACUCAUAAACUGAAACCCGUGACGACAUACUGAUCUUGUACAGCUGUUUGUAUACCAUGUAAAAUGACAUGAGGUGGCUUCAGAAGUGUGUAGAGAAUAAACUGAAGUGUUUACUAAUG